UUUAGUUAGUUUGUUACCAUUCCCAUCUAUCCUUCUCUCUCCAGGAUUUUUUUUUAAUCUUAAAAAUUAUAAAUUUAUAACUCUUACAUGCUUUGCUUCACUUAUUUUUUUUUUCUUUUUUUUAUCCCUUCCCCACCUCUCCCGUCAUGACCGUCCAGUAAAACCCUAAUUUCCGUCUCUUUGUUCCCCACUCCCCCUCUUCUUCCUCACUUCACCGGAUAAUUUAUUGAAAAUAAGAAUAUAUGUCCUACAAUCAAUCAAGGGGUGGCAGUGAUAAGAGCGAGUUACAAUAUAGGAAACCAGGACGAUCCGUUAGCUCUAGUCAGCAACGGACUUCCACUGUUUCUCACGGUAAGGGCGGUGGCCCUCCCGUCCCUUCACCGUCUUCUUCUUCUCUUUCUUCCAAUCGCAGUUAUAAUAAGAAGCCUACUAAUCUUACGCAAGGAGGAGGGCAAUCUAGUAGGGUAAAUUUGCCUCCUGUUGUGAAUUCUUCUGAUUCCGGUAAUAAUGCUGCUUCUACAAUCCGUAAUGUGCAGAAUGGUACUCCGACGCAACACCAAUCACAUGGAACAUCUGUUGCAAGCGGUGUUACCAAGCCGACAGAAGCAUCGGCUGCUCAGAGAAGCACCCGAGAUGUUCCAAAGGGUCCAACUUCUCGACCUGCCACCAUAAGUUCGGAGAGUGGAGCUCCCAUGACACCUGCCAAGGCCCCCUUAGAUUCAUCUAAGGCAUUUGCUUUUCAAUUUGGGUCCAUUAGUCCUGGAUUUAUGAAUGGGAUGCAGGUUCCUGCUCGAACAAGCUCUGCGCCCCCUAAUUUGGAUGAGCAGAAACGUGACCAGGCAUAUCAUGAUGCAUUUAGGCCUGCUCCCUCAUUACCGACUCCUGCUCCUAAGCAGCAACUGCCUAGGAAGGAAGUUUGUUCAUCAGUCCAAACUAGCACUGGAGAGGUUCAUUUAGUUCCCAAGGCCAGCAAGGAGACACAACUCCCACCUGCACCAUCUGUGAGCCAGACACAGAAGCCCUCUGUUCUUCCGAUUCCUGUGAAUUCUUUGCAGAUGAAAUAUCAGCAGCCACCAGUCUCGGUUCAGUUUCGUGGUCCAAGCCCGCAAAUCCAGUCUCAGGGUGUCCCAGCCAAUUCACUGCAUGUUCCAAUACAAUUACCUAUGGGUAAUGCUCCUCAAGUGCAACAGUCGGUGUUUAUUCAAGGUCUCCAACACCAUCCUAUGCAGCCUCAAGGAAUGAUGCAUCAGAGCCAAACCAUGAGUUUUACGAAUCCCAUGGGUCCUCAGAUACCUCAGUUAGGCAGCUUAGCAUAUGGCAUGACCUCCCAAUAUUCUGCACAGCAGGGUGGUAAAUUUGGCAGUCAACAUAAAACGCCUGUCAAGAUUACUGAUCCAAAGACACAUGAAGAGCUGAGGCUUGAUAAGCGAACAGAUGCAUAUCCAGAUAGUGGAUCAUCAGGACUGAGGUCUCAUCUCAAUGUUCCCCAGACCCAGCCAAUUCCAUCAUUUGCACCUUCUCGUCCAAUUAACUAUUAUCCUAGUUCCUACAAUGCCAGUAAUUUAUUUUUUCCAGCUCCAAGCUCUCUACCAUUAACUGGUAGCCAAAUAGCUCCUAAUUCUCAGCUACCACCUAGGUUUAACUAUCCAGUUAGCCAGCCCCCCCAAAAUGUACCAUAUAUGAACGCAUCUGCUCUUAAUUCACGUCCACUUAGCAAGUCUGGGACAGCAUCUCAUGGUGUUGCAGAACCACAGAACUCAGAACAUGCUCGUAAUGCAAUCUCCUUGAUUCCAUCUGGGGUGGUGCAAGUGACUGUUAAACCAGCUGUUGGUUCUCAUGGAGAGAAAGUUGUGGAGCCAUCUUUUCCAAAUGUUGUUGAAAAGGGUGGAUUCUUCAAAUCUUCAAGGUCAUCUGGGGAAGCUAGCCCAUCUCACUCUCAAAGGGAUUCAGAGGCUUCUUCAGAAAGCUCUUUACAGCAGACAAAAUCUGGUGGUGAAUCAUUGGUGAAGCCACUGCCAGUGGCAGCUAAACAGCCUGCAGCGGUUGCUGUUGAUGGUGCAGCUUCUGCUUCACUAGCUCAGUCUGAGGAGGCAAUACGAAGUGUAUCUAUUGCUGAGGGCCCAAAAAAGGAAGCUCUGAGUGGGUCAAACUUUAUCAAGGAACAUCAGAAGAAAUCAGGCAAGAAAGGAAAUAUCCAGCCUCAGCAUCAGAUUGGUGGACAGACAAUCUUGUCGGCAAGCUUGUCUUCUCACCCUUUGGAACAUGGUGUAUCUUCUGGCACUGGGGUUUCUGAAACUGCAGAAAAUGAGAAGAGUCCUCCAUCAUCAGCAAACAGUGAAGUUUUGACAAAAUCAAUCAAGGAACCAGUGUCAGCAAUUGCUGUCUGGAAUCCUGAUGUUUCUGAAACCAAGGUUGACAGUGCUGGAGAUGCUUUUGACAGUGUUUCAUCUCAAGUUCCUGUUGCUGGAAUUGCUCAUACCACACACAUUUCUCCUCAUGCUAAGCUGGAUGAUUCUUCACUGCAGGAAAAACUAAAAUGUGAAAUUCCAGCAAAAGAAGAGCAAAUAGAGAAAUCUCUGUCUGAAUGUCCUAAAAAAGAUUACAGCAUUUCUUCAGCAUCAAUUAACUCAAAAUCUGCAGACCAGGUCAAGCAAGAUAAAGAGGUAUCUGAUUCAAUGGUCACAUCUGUUGGCAAUGAGGUUCCAGCCUCAGACACUGCGCAGGAGGGGCUGGUGGAACCCGUGACUUGCCACACCGCAAAUGACCACAUAUCAGAUAAUGCGGGUGCUUCCACAUCCAUAAAGUUCAAUUCUGCAGAUGACAUAAAGCCUUUAGAUGGAUCUUUGAGUCACAGUGAUAACAUAGGUAAUAAAGAAGCUUCUGUUAUCAAAUCUGGUAUUUCAGGUCAUCAGGAUUCUCCACCAUUGCCUGAUCUCUCCGAGUCCACUGCAAAACAUGAAGGGGAAGGUGCAGAAAAUGCUGGUAGUGGAACAGUCCCCCUUGAAGUUUCUGGUUCCAAAGAAAAGCCCGCUGAAUUGAUUAGAUCAAAGAGUACUACUAAUAGAGUCAAGAAGAAGAAAAAAGAAUUUCUUCUGAAAGCAGAUCUUGCUGGGACGACUUCUGAUCUUUAUGGGGCAUAUAAAGGCCCAGAGGAGAAGAAAGAAAAUGCCAUCUCUUCAGAAGUAAUAGAAAGCACUAGCCCUAAUCUGAAGCAGGCACCUGCUGAUGCCCUUCAGGUUCAGACUGUAGCGGGUGAGAAAAGCAUGCAGAAUAAAGCUGAGCCAGAUGAUUGGGAAGAUGCCACAGACGUGUCUACACUGAAAUUGGAAAGUUUAAUUGAUGGGGAACUAUCACUUGGAGGAUUGGGACAGCAUGAUACAGAUGGGAAUGCCAACACAUUAAAAAAAUAUUCCAGAGAUUUCCUCCUUAAAUUUUCUGAGCAAUGUACUGAUCUUCCUGGAGGUUUUCAAAUUCCAUCUGAUAUAGCAGGCUCCUUGAUGGGUGUCACUGUUUCUCAUCUUGGUGAUCGUGAUCCAUGCCCCAGUCCUGCAAGGGUUAUGGACAGGUCUAAUAGCGGAUCUCGAAUAGACCGCCGUGGGAGUGGUAUAGUUGAUGAUGGCCGAUGGAGCAAACAGCCUGGUCCAUCUGGUCCUGGAAGGGAUUUACACUUCGAUAUCAGUUAUGGAACUAAUGUAGGUUUUCGACCGGUUGCAGGAGGCAACUAUGGUGCUCUGAGGAAUCCACGAGCACAGAGUCCUGUACAUCAUGGAGGAGGGAUUUUAUCUGGACCCAUGCAAUCAAUGGGUCCACAGGGAGGGCUGCAAAGAGGUGGCUUAGAUGCUGACAGAUGGCAGCGUGCUGCUAUUUAUGUCCAUAAAGGAUCAAUUCCUUCUCCUCAGACUCCAUUACAGACUAUGCACAAAGCUGAGAAAAAGUAUGAAGUGGGUAAAGUGACAGAUGAAGAAGCAGCCAAGCAAAGACAACUGAAAGGCAUAUUGAACAAACUAACACCUCAGAAUUUUGAGAAGCUUUUUGACCAAGUAAAAGCUGUUAACAUUGACAAUGUUGUCACACUCAAUGGCGUUAUCUCACAGAUCUUUGACAAAGCGUUAAUGGAGCCUACUUUCUGUGAAAUGUAUGCUAAUUUUUGUUUUCAUCUAGCGGCAGAGUUACCUGAACUCACUGAAGAUAAUGAAAAGGUAAAUUUCAAGAGGUUACUUCUGAACAAGUGUCAGGAAGAAUUUGAGAGAGGGGAGCGAGAGCAAGAAGAAGCUGAUAAAGCUGAUGAAGAGGGUGAGAUUAAACAGUCUGAAGAAGAAAGAGAAGAAAAGAGAAUCAAGGCUCGUAGACGAAUGCUUGGUAACAUAAGACUUAUUGGGGAGCUUUAUAAAAAAAGAAUGUUGACUGAAAGAAUAAUGCAUGAGUGCAUCAAAAAGUUGAUGGGUGAAUAUCAGAAUCCCAAUGAGGAAGAUGUUGAGGCUCUUUGCAAACUAAUGAGCACAAUUGGAGAGAUGAUCGACCAUCCCAAAGCCAAGGAGCAUAUGGAUGCAUAUUUUGAGAUGAUGGUGCAAUUAUCGAACAACAUGAAACUCUCAUCUAGGGUUAGGUUUAUGUUGAAGGAUUCUAUUGAUCUGAGGAAAAACAAAGGGCAGCAGAGGAGGAAGGUUGCAGGGCCGAAAAAGAUCGAGGAAGUACAUAGAGAUGCUGCUCAAGAACGACAGCUGCAAACUAGCAGGCUGGCUCGCACUCCUGGAAUCAAUCCUUCUCCAAGAAGGGGGCCUGUGGAUUUUAGUCCAAGAGGGUCAGCAAUGUUGCCUUCUCCGAAUGCACAGAUGGGGGGUUUUCGAGGGUUUCCCGCUCAGGUUCGUGGGCAUGGCCACCAGGAUGUUCGGUUUGAGGACAGACAGUCUUACGAGGCUAGGACUUUGUCUGUUCCCUUGCCUCAAAGACCCCUUGGUGAUGAUUCUAUUACUUUGGGUCCCCAAGGUGGACUUGCAAGGGGAAUGUCCAUUAGAGGACAACCUGCCAUUAUGGGUACUCUUUUAGCUGAUAUUUCUCCAAGCCCAGGUGACCCAAGAAGAAUGGCAGCUGGUUUGAAUGGUUCUAGUGCCAUUUCAGAACGGUCAAAUUACAGCCCGAGGGAAGAUCUCAUUCCAAGAUAUACUCCAGACAGAUUUACAGUUCCACCUGCUUGUGAUCAAAUGAAUGGUCAGGAACGAAAUAUGAAUUAUGGUAACAGGGAUCUGAGGAAUCUAGAUCAUGGUUUUGAUAGGCCUCUUGGAUCAUCACCACCAACAAGAGCACAAGGACCAACUUUUUCCCAGGCUACCCCAACAGGAAAGCUGUGGCCUGAAGAACGACUGCGAGAUAUGUCCAUGGCCGCAAUAAAAGAGUUUUACAGUGCCAGUGACGAGAAAGAAGUUGCUCUAUGCAUUAAAGAAUUGAAUUCCCCAAGUUUCCAUCCUUCAAUGAUCUCUAUCUGGGUUACAGACUCAUUCGAGAGGAAGGACUUGGAGAGAGAUCUUUUGGCCAAGCUUCUUGUCAGCCUUGCAAGAUCUGAAAAUGGCAUAUUGGAUUCAAACCAGCUCAUCAAAGGGUUUGAAUCCAUCCUGACUACGUUGGAGGAUGCUGUAAAUGAUGCCCCCAGAGCACCAGAAUUUCUCGGAAGCAUCAUUGGCAGGGUGGUUGUAGAAAAUGUUGUCCCUCUAUCAGAGAUUGUGCGGUUACUACAUGAAGGCGGAGAGGAACCGGGCAGCCUUCUCAAGUUUGGGCUUGCAGGGGAUGUUCUUGGCAGUAUUUUGGAGAUAAUCAAAGUGGAGAAAGGAGAAGCUGUCUUAAAUGAGAUUCGUGGUGCCUCCAAUUUGCGUUUGGAAGAUUUCCGGCCUCCAGACCCUAACAGAUCAAGGAUACUAGAAAAGUUUAUUUAGAUGAUAGUGAUGCUCAUUGUAUCCCUUUUAGAAAAAGCAAAAAAAAGAAAUCAUGUCCAGUGCUUCUAGGUUUACUUGCUAGUUUUCAAAAAAUAUUUUUCCAUAUGGGUGGGGCGGGGGAUUUAUACAUGGUAUUUCCAUCUACAUGUUUUAAUAUAUUCAAAUGCUCACCACGAAUAUAGAAAGGUUCAAUUGAGCGUCCUAAUUUUCAGGUCUCGAGUCUUUGGCAGGCAUCUGGUGCUAGUUGCAUGGUUCUCGCCUUGCUUUCCAUUGUGAACCAUUUAUUUUCAUGUUCUUGUGAUUUAUUUUUCAUGAGUGUGUUAUUGGAAGUGUACAGUUUCCGUAAA